CCAAGAUGGCGGCGGGGAUGCUGAGGCGGCGCUCCCCACGGCGGCCCCAGGGGCCGCGCGCCACGUCACUUCCCGCCUUCCUCGCUCGCUUCUAACGGCCGCCCCCCAGCGCCAUCCUCUCCCAUGGCGGCAGUGGCCGGGGGGGCGGGCGGAGGCGGUUCGGCGGCGCUGGGCGACAGCGGAGCCAUCGACUACUCGGUGCACGAGGCCUGGAACGAGGCCACCAACGUGUACCUGCUGGUGGUGCUGGCCAGCCUCGCCCUGCUCGUCUAUACGCGGCGGAACAAAAGGAGAAUCCUGCGCAUCUUCACUCUGCCCCCUGCAGCCGAGGCACAGCCCGAGCCCAACUUCUACAACAACAUGAAGAAGAUCCGCCUGCGGCAACAGCUGGAGAUGUACUCCAUCGCAAGAAAAUAUGAGCAGCAGCAGCCACCAAAACAGACUGAAAGUGUACAGCUGUCAGUGGAGUAAAGCCUACAGCUGUAGGAACUCAGGACUUAUUUCCAGAGCUGACAGUGCCAGUUGGUGUGGAGCUAUUUUCAAUGCCUCUUAAUCGAUGCAAGGGGGAGAAGAAAGAGGUAGAGUGCUCAAAGCUCUUGAUAGCUUUCUUGAUAGUUUCUUGAUAGCUUUUUUAGAGCCUCAUGAAGUAAAUGGAAUGCCUUCAGAAUGAGAAUACCCAGCACAGGACAGAGCCACUCAAGAAGCCUCUGAAGGCAGAGAGGUGCAGUGUUGUGAGGACCUUGGAAAUCAGCUCCACAAAUGGUACUGUACAGGAAGUAAGGCAGUACCGGACUGCCAGGAAUCUGCCUGCUUCCUUAGCCAAGCAGUGCUGAAAUUCCUUAAUACAUUCAGUAAACGUGAGUGAGGAUGCUGGCCACUCUGCCCAGAGUGGGCGGGCAGCUGAGAGCCACGGCCAUGGCACUGGCUGCAGUGCAGGAACAUUGUGGUCUCCCUGUCAGUUUGUACACAGUGCUGUGAACCUUUCUUGGAGGAGCUCAGAAGUACACAUUGAGUUGCGGGUUCAAGUGCAGCUUAUAACAAAUGCUGUAACACUGUAGCAACAGGAGUUAACUACAUUUGUCAACUAGUUUAAAGAACAGAUUGUCUGUAAAUAUUUGUGUAAACAGAACCAGUACCAAAAAGCACGGUUCAGUCCGAAGGGGCCUCACACCCUUAUUUUUUUUUUCAGUUCCCCACUGUAGAUCAUUAGAUUGGUUAAUUUAAAGAAUAUUUCAGAAAUGACUUUAAUAAAAGCAUCUAACAAUGAGUA